AGGUGACCCUUGACCCUCAGCAACCAAGACGCUGCGCUCUCCCCCUCCACUCCUUCCCCUCCUGAACCACGGCCAGGGGCCUGCGAAGCUGAGCCGGGCCCCUCCCUGCCACCCCACCACCAGACCCCCAAGGAGCUCGGGAGGGCCAGCCGCUCAUCAGACGCUGCUGCAGAGAAGACUCGUGUCCCUGGUGGGGCCCGGAUGGCCCCUGGGCAGGUGUGGGGGCUGCUCCUGGCUGGGUUGAGCCUGUGGCCAGGCCUGGCGGGGGCCCGGGCCCCUGUCCCCGCAGCCCCUCCGGAAGUCCCCGGACCUCUGGGCCCCGCGGAGCAGGAGCAGAGUCACUACCUGGCCCAGCUCUUCGGCCUGUAUGGGGAGAACGGGACCUUAACUGUCGGCGGCCUGGCCCGGCUCCUCCACAGCCUGGGUCUGGGCCGGGUGCAGGGGCUGCGCCUGGAGCAUAGGGGGGCCCUGGAGGGCAGGCCUGGACCGCUCCCCGAGGGCAACACCACCCAAAGGCCCCUGGAGCCUGGGUUGAGCUUGGAUGUGUGGUCUGGGCUACCCACUGGCCCCUCGCUCUGGGGGGCUCGAGAGGAGCCAGGGGGCCCGUCCUCGCCCCGGGGGCCACCCUCCCCAAACCUGGACCUCUUUCACCGCUUGCUGCUGCUGGAUCACUCGCUGGCCGACCACUUGCAUGAAGACUGCCUGAACGGCUCCCAGCUGCUGGUGAAUUUUGGCCUGAGUCCUGCCGCCCCACUAACCCCUGGCCAGUUUGCGCUGCUCUGCCCAGCUCUGCUCUACCAGAUCGACAGCCGUGUCUGCAUCCGCCCCACCCUGCCCCCUGCCCCCUCAGGGGACCUGCUGGCCGCUCUGGCUCACAGCUCUCUGGCUGUGCUCCUGCUCAGUGUCCCGACUCCACUCUCACUCCUGCUGCUCCGGCUGGUGGGGGGCCAGCGCCUGCGGCCCCUCUUGGGCUUCCUAGGAUCCCUGGCUGUGGGCACGCUCUGCGGGGACGCCUUGCUGCACCUGCUUCCCCAUGCGCAGGGUGGGCGGCACAGCGGGUCGGGGUCAGCAGGCGAGCUGGGGCCAGGGCUGGCACUGCUGGGGGGCCUCUUCCUCCUUUUCCUGCUCGAGAACCUGCUUGGGCUGCUGAGGCCGAAAUGCCAUAGGCGCAGGCGGAGGGACCUUGGUGUCCAGGACCCCGAGGACCCCAGCGGGGCGGCCCUGCAGACGCUAGGCCUCGGGCACCCGUGGACACCUGGGCCACGGCCACAGUCACGGCGCGGGAGGCGCCGGCCCCAACAUGACCUGGAUGGUUCUGCUGGGGGACGCGCUGCACAACCUCACGGACGGGCUGGCCAUCGGCGCCGCCUUCUCGGACGGCCUCCCCAGCGGCGUCAGCACCACCCUGGCCGUCUUCUGCCACGAGCUGCCCCACGAACUGGGGGACUUCGCCAUCCUGCUCCAGGCUGGGCUGCCGCUGCGCCGACUGGUCCUGCUGAGCGUGGGCUCAGGGGCCUUGGGGCUGCUGGGCGCCGCCAUGGGCGUGGGGCUCAGCCGGGGCCCCGAGCCCCUCACCCCCUGGGUCUUCGCGGUCACCGCCGGCGUCUUCCUCUACGUGGCUCUCGUGGACAUGCUGCCGGCCCUGCUGCGCCCCCGGGAGCCCCUUCCCGCCGGCCACGUGCUGCUGCAGGGACUGGGGCUGCUGCUGGGAGGAGGCCUCAUGCUGACCAUCGCGCUGCUGGAAGACCGGAUGCUGCCCCUGGGGCCGGAGGCCUGACCGGACCGGACCAGACCCCGCCCUCGCCCCCCAACCAGGAACGCAGGCCGCAGGCUAGGAGCGAUAGGAGUUUAAUAAACAGAACCGAUCCCAAAGCCACUUCGAGUUGACAGGAGUCCAGACAGCGCAGAAAACUUGGU